UUGGCAUACAAAGUUAGAUCAUUUAUGGAAUAUUGCAUAUGGCCUAUCAGAAAUUCAUGAAAAAAGUAUUGUCCACCGUGAUUUUCAUAGUGGAAAUAUUUUGAUAUAUCAAUAUGAAAAUAAUAAUACAAAAUAUAUUAGAAUAGGUGAUUUAGGAUUAAGUAAAUCUGCUACUGAAGCUGACGUUAAUGAAACUUAUGGGAUCAUUCCUUAUGUGGCACCAGAGGUUCUUCAAGGGCAAAAGGACACUGAAAAAUCAGAUAUUUAUAGUUUUG